AUGCCUAAGUCACUUUCUACCCCUUCCAAAAGGAGUGCCCCCACAAACGGCAUUCAGAAAAAUAUGUUAAUAGAAUAUAUGGAACAAAACCCCAAAUUAAGAGCCGGUACCUUUAGUCCUGAUUUUACUUUCAAAAAUGCCCAAACACUCUGGGAAAUAAUUACUAUAAAAUUAAACGCCGUACCAGGAGGUGCAAAAAAAGACGAUUGGCGAAUGUGGAGAAAGAUUGAAAUAAUUGAGGAAAAAGCUCAGAAAUCCCCCACUUUACUAGGCCCUGAUGCUGAGGUUGUUGCUGAUGAUCACAAAUUUUACUCCAUACCUGCCCCUGGGGGUAAAACCAAACGGCAAAGGUUCCAAACAUCUUUAGAGCUAUCCAAACAAAUGGUAAAUCAAGUAGAAUACCAAAAUAAUUUCACAAAUGAAUAUUAUAUUAAGAAAAUGGAGUACCUAGAACACAAAAUUAAGCAUGAAGAUAAAAUGCUGGAAGUAGCUAAAGAAAAUUUGGAAAUAUCUAAAGAAAAUCUCAAGAUUAUGAAGGAGAAUCUCAGGGUCAACUCUUCAAUUUUAAAUAUUCUGGCAAAAAAAUGA